AUGCAAGUGUCAGUAUCGCGGCUGGACCAAACUCCUUUUGUACAUAAGGUUUCAAGGAAGGGAUUCAAAAUCACUGUUCCAAAGGAACCUAACCUCAAGACUGCCCAAAGGGCUGCAAGAAACCGGUUUAAGGCUCAGUCAGCACCCGAGCAGAUAGCAAAAUUCAGCUCUACUGUGAAUAAAGCAGUUCAAGAAACUUCUUCAGCAUCUUUGCCUAAAAAGAAUACGCCUCGCCCCCAAGAUUUCCAGACAUUUCAUCUAAGGACAUCUCUUAGAGAAAGAGAACGCUCUUCCAGUGCGAAAAUUGCACCAACCGAUAAUUCUAAACACUCUUUAACGUCAAGUCCGUUGGAUCCAAAAAUGGAAGGAAAGUUAAGGCAUCUCGCAGCUCAAAGUCCAAUUGUCAAGUUUAGGAAUCUAAGAUUUGCCCUCUAGACUCAAAGGUGGUGCAGGUUAACUCCCUCCACAAACUCCCUCCACAAGAACUAGAAUCCAUGAAAGGUGAUGCAGUAUUAUAGCAAAAAAACUCCCAAAUCUCCUACUUCUUGAUAGACAUCAAGCAAAUGCGGUGAAGCAAUCGAUAUCAAAGAUGAAAACAAUCUUCUGAGGGAAUUUGAAGCUCCAAUGGACACAAAUUUUCGAGAUGAACCCUUUAUUGAAUCUCUCAGAAAACUAUGUCUCACUUCAGAUAAUGAUUCAGUCGCGGUAUUUAUAGAUUUGUUGCUUCUCUUACUCUCUUGUACCUCAUCUACAUAAGAUUUUUCAAGACAUAUAUCGUUCGUGUACAAAUUAGACAUUGCAAUGAAGAAAUCUGAGAGCUUCAAUGGGAAAAAGAUCCUCCACGUUAACAGAA